AUGCUGGGCUGGGUCCAGAAGGUGCUGCCUCAGCCCCCCGGAACUCCUCAGAAGACUGAGAUGGAGGAGGAGGAGGAGGAGGAAGAGGCAGAACUGGAGUCGGAGCUAGAGCUGGAACCGGAGCCCCUGGAAGAACCAGCUGAUGAGGAGGAAGUGACUGUGGCUGACUCAGGUCUUCAGGCCCUCCAGGCCCAAGCUGCGGAGUUUCCUGAUGUGAACAGUCCCAGCGGUUGGGUGCUGACUUGGCUCAGGAAAGGCAUGGAGAAGGUGGUACCACAGCCCGUCUGCAACGGCAGGGCAGCCCACACGGCCGCCGGCACGGAGGCCCCAGCUCAGGCCGGAGCACAGAUCCUUGGGCACCAUGGCACAGGGAACACAGGGUCUGCAGGUGGAUCCAGUGAGUUCCCAGGGGCCCAGGAUAUCAGGCCCAGCCCAUGGCUGCUCAGGUGGCUGGAGCAGAAUCUGGAGAAAAUGCUACCUCAACCCCCAACACCGGCUAAGCCCCUGCUCUCCCUCUGCUCAGAGCCUCCAGAACCCCCGCUGGAGACGGAGCCCACGCCACAGGACCCCGAGAGCUCCUGUGUGACCAGUCUCGAGGAGGAGCCAGCUCCAGAGCCCCAGCCCAGCCUCCAGACCUCCUCCCUGCCACCACCUGCGGACUCUGCCCGGUUGCUAGCGUGGCUCCUACACAGGCUGGAGAAGGCCCUGCCGCAGCCGGUGCUCCCUGGGAACAGCCGGGAGCAGGAGCCUGGCUCCCCGCAGACGUGUGACGCGCAGACCAUUGGCAUCCUCGCCACGCAGCGACAGGAGCCCGACCUCAUCCUAGAAGAUGUUGACUCUCACUGGGAGGAUGCCCAGAAGGACUGCAGCUCCAGCCCCCAGGAGAUGGAGGGGCUUCCAGCUCAUGGGAAAGAGAACAAGGCCGUGGUGGAGAUGCCCAGCCCCAGUGUCCGGCUGGAUAGCUCUUGGCUGGUGCAGUCCAGUGUGGAUCCGAGCAGAGGAGGCGGGAAGCAGCCCCCAAAGGCCUCAUUCCAGGGGCUGCAGGAGGAGGCGGUGGCCGCCAGCUCAGCAGUCCCCAGGGUCACACCUCUGCCCGUGACCUUCAGACUCCAGCACCAUGGCCAAGCCAGGCCAGGACAUGGAGCUGAAUCGCCUGGUCCAGGAGCGCCACCUGACCAGGGGGCCCCCAGGCUUGCACCCCCAAACCUGGCAGAGCACCUUCCCAAUGUGCCCAGCUACCGCCUGCCCAUCACCCGCAUCCCUGUCCUCGUCACCCGGAGAACGGCCCUGUCCAAUUCCAGCUUCGCCAAGGAGACCAGGAGCUCCAUUCGUCGCCUAGUGCCUGCCACGAAGGAGCACCCGGAGGUGCAGGUGGAAGACACCGAGGCGGACAGCCGCCCCCUCAUCGUGGAGGAGACGCCACCGGAGCAGCUGCCACCUUCGCCUGCCAAAUCCGACACCCUCACGGUCCCCGGCUCGGCCCCAGGGGCCCACAGGAAGAAACUGCCCUCUCACGAUGAUGAUGAGGCCGAAGAACUCAAGGCGCUGUCACCAGCCGAGUCCCCAGUGGUGGCCUGGUCAGACCCCACCACCCCACAGGAAGCCGAUGGCCAGGACCGUGCAGCCUCCACCGCCAGCCAGAACAGCGCCAUCAUCAACGACCGGCUGCAGGAGCUGGUGAAGCUCUUCAAGGAGCGGACGGAGAAGGUGAAGGAGAAGCUCAUCGACCCCGAUGUCACCUCCGACGAGGAGAGCCCCAAGCCCUCCCCAGCCAAGAAAGCCCCAGAGCCAGCCCCAGCCUCGAAGCCCCCGGAAGUGGAGCAGGUGGAAGAGGAGCACUAUUGUGACAUGCUCUGCUGCAAGUUCAGACGGCGCCCCUGGAAGAAGUGCAAGUUCCCCCAGAGCAUCGAUCCGCUGACCAACCUGAUGUACAUCCUGUGGCUCUUCUUCGUGGUGCUGGCCUGGAACUGGAACUGCUGGCUGAUCCCCGUGCGCUGGGCCUUCCCCUACCAGACGCCGGGCAACGUCCACCUCUGGCUGCUGAUGGACUACCUGUGCGACCUCAUCUACCUCCUGGACAUCGUCGUGUUCCAGAUCCGCCUGCAGUUCGUCCGAGGGGGUGACAUCAUCGUGGACAAAAAGGAGAUGCGAAACAACUACCUGAAGUCCCGCCGAUUUAAGAUGGACCUGCUGUGCCUCCUGCCCUUGGAUUUCCUCUACUUGAAGUUGGGCCUGAACCCCCUCCUCCGCUUGCCCCGCUGCUUAAAGUACAUGGCCUUCUUCGAGUUCAACAACCGCCUGGAAGCCAUCCUCAGCAAGGCCUACGUGUACAGGGUCAUCAGGACCACAGCCUACCUGCUCUACAGCCUGCACCUGAACUCCUGCCUGUACUACUGGGCGUCGGCCUAUCAGGGAAUCGGCUCCACCCACUGGGUGUACGAUGGCGUGGGAAACAGUUACGUUCGCUGUUACUACUGGGCCGUGAAGACCCUCAUCACCAUCGGGGGGCUGCCCGACCCCCAGACCCUCUUUGAAAUUGUCUUCCAGCUCCUCAAUUAUUUCACGGGGGUCUUCGCUUUCUCCGUGAUGAUUGGACAGAUGAGAGACGUGGUGGGGGCGGCCACGGCGGGACAGACCUACUACCGCAGCUGCAUGGACAGCACCGUGAAGUACAUGAACUUCUACAGGAUCCCCAGGUCUGUGCAGAACCGGGUCAAGACCUGGUACGAGUACACCUGGCACUCGCAAGGCAUGCUGGAUGAGUCAGAGCUGAUGGUGCAGCUUCCAGACAAGAUGCGGCUGGACCUCGCCAUCGACGUGAACUACGACAUCGUCAGCAAGGUGGCGCUCUUCCAGGGCUGUGACCGGCAGAUGAUCUUUGACAUGCUGAAGAGGCUGCGCUCUGUCGUGUACCUGCCCAACGACUACGUGUGCAAGAAGGGGGAGAUCGGCCGGGAGAUGUACAUCAUCCAGGCAGGGCAGGUGCAGGUUCUGGGGGGCCCUGACGGGAAGUCUGUGCUGGUGACACUGAAAGCUGGAUCCGUGUUUGGAGAGAUAAGUCUGCUGGCCAUCGGGGGCGGGAAUCGGCGCACAGCCAACGUGGUGGCCCACGGCUUCACCAACCUCUUCAUUUUGGAUAAGAAGGACUUGAAUGAAAUUUUGGUGCAUUAUCCUGAAUCUCAGAAGUUGCUCCGGAAGAAGGCCAGGCGCAUGCUGAGAAACAACAACAAGCCCAAGGAGGAGAAGAGCGUGCUCAUCCUGCCCCCGCGGGCGGGGACCCCGAAGCUCUUCAACGCGGCCCUCGCUGCAGCAGGGAAGAUGGGCGGCAAGGGGGGCAAGCUGGCCCACCUCCGAGCCCGCCUCAAGGAGCUGGCUGCGCUGGAGGCCGCCGCGAGGCAGCAGCAGCUGCUGGAGCAGGCCAAGAACUCGCAAGAAGCCGCAGGAGAGGGGGGCGAGGCAGGCUCUGCCGCCCAGGACCAGCCCCAGGCCCCCUCGGCCCCCUCGGCCCCCUCGGCCCCCCCUGGCCAGCCUGCACCCCAGGAGCCCGAUGCAGGCGGGGAGGGAGUGGAUGGGCCGGAGGAGCACUCGGUGCGGAUCAGCAUGAGCCCUGGCCCAGAUCCAGGCGAGCAGUCUCUGUCCAUAGAAAUGCCCGAGGAGAAGAAGGAGGCGGUGGAGUGAGUGAGGGUCGCCCGCGCCCCCUCUGGCAGGUGCACCCGCCUGCCCGCUGCGCCCUGUGCAGGGCCCGGUGAGUCCGAGGACGCCUGCCCGCUUUAGUGGCCUCAGUCGAGCCAACCUUCCUGUUCCUACGAUGCCUCCUGAUGGACUUGGUCUUGAAAUCAGCAAAUUUCCAUCAAAUGUCGGUGUCCCCAAGCUCCCACAGUCCCGGGACCCCGCUGUGGUUUAUAUUUUAAAAGAACAAAAUCACUUUCCGCUUUUAAAAUUCAUCUGCAGGUAAUGAGGCUCUGGAAGCUUUUGGAGAAGUCAGGUCUGGGAGUGGGAGGGCUUCUCCGCAGGGAUUCGUCCCCUUUAUGUCCCCUUUAUGUCAAGGGUAAGAAACAAUGGUGGGGGCAGCCUGCUGUCCUUGGUGAUCCUGGUCAGAACCGGGAAUGCUGUUUUCCUUGGCUAGGCAGUUAAGGGACAUUAAGGGACACGCAGCUUAUCAGGCUGGCCCUGCAUGUUCCCCGGACUACAUUCAAUUGCCUGUCUGACGCCAUUAUGUCAGAGCAGAUAAGAGGGAAAUGACUUGGUGGAAAUGGACUUAGCGUUCCCAGGUAAAGGGCAGCUCUGUGGGAGCAUCCUCAGCCUGUCACCCUGAAAAGCCCCAUUUCUCACCAGCAGGGAUCAGGCUGUCACUUGCCUUAGACACCCUUGCUGUAGAAAUGGUGGCAGCGACUUGGAUUAAUCCUCAAAAAUGUAAUCUCACAGCUGCUGACACCACUUAAAUCCCUGAAGUCUCUCCAGAUCAUGUCAUGUUUAUAUGAUUACAAAAAAAAAGCAGAAACGGUUAUUCAGUCCAUGAAUAUUUAUCAAGAGGAUUUUAUUUGCAUACCGAGUGGCUCUUGGGGGAGCCCAUGACUAAAAACAAAAUCUGGUAUUGAACCAUUUGUUUCCACCACCAGCAACCGUGAACCUGAAGGGCCUGAAUUCCAGUAGGUUCUUCCCAUUUUAUAUCAAAUGACAGGACAUGGGGAGCCCCUGAAGGGACUUCCCGAAGGCUCCAAACUGUAGUAUUUGUCCUUUGGCUACAAACAACACUGUGACAUUUUUAAACAAUUUGGGAGUUCCCAGGUGGGUCCAAGCAUUUCCAAAUCCCAGAGUGAUGAACAGAUUUAUCUCAUUGAUGUCAUGUCAUGUGAUCUGGCAAUCAUUCCACUGAACGCCAUUUCACUGGUACAGCCGUUCACGACAUUGAAUGUAAUGAUGAUCAGCAUUAUUAUUCUCCUUUUAAAGGGUUUUAGUCAUUUGUUUUAGUAGGUUAAAAACAUUCACAUGGGGCUGGAGACAUAGCUCAGAUGGUAGAGUGCUUGCCUUGAAUGCACAAGGCCCUGGGUGCAAUCCCCAGCACAAAAAAAAAAAAAAAAAAAAUUCACAUGGGUACAAAAGGAUACUCAGGAAAAAUGAUUGAUCCUAUCCCUGGCUCCCAGCCUCCCUGGAGCCCUCUUUGGGAGUAAUCACUGUUGUCAGCUCCCUGUGUAUCCUCUCAGAGAUAUUUUAUGCUUAUGCAAGUAACUAUGUAUAUUCAUAAUGUGCAAUCUGAUUGUCACGUACAGGGGCUGCCGGUGAGCUCGGUGGUGGGAGACUUACCUGGCAUGAGCAAGGCUCUAGGUUUCACCCCAGCACUGGAAAAAAUCUUGUAUGGACCUAAUUUCACUGGCAUAGUCUUUUUAAAUGGGGAAGGUCUGGGAGUUUAGGAGGAUUUCUUCCCUUACCCUUAUUUAUCAUUCCCAUAUUCGCACCACAUCUUCUAAGACCCAAGCACAGAGAAUGCUUCCACUCUUAGCAAAUUAUUUCUGAUCUUCACAGAAGGUAAACAUAUUGCUCUUCUGAAGACGGCAAAAUGUUUCAAUGGCACCUUCAGUGUGAAUCCUGUUUUAUAAGGAAUCUUUUGUAUGUGAAUGCUCUUCUUUCUUUAGUUGUCAAUCCUUGACCAUGUACUGCUUAUUAUGUAAAACAAGAGAUUCUUACCGUUCUCAAGAAUUGCCCUGGAAAGAAAUUGAUUUUGAAGUGAGAUGAACAGUGCCUUAAUUACUUCACUGAGCUAUCUUAAAUCAAAUUCAACACUUUCCCAAAACCUGGAUAUUCGGUCAAUUGAGUUCAAGACGGGCAUUAUUCUCCAAAUUGAAUUGGACUGUUGGUUGCUGAGAUAUGAACGGGACAGCUCAGAAACAGUGUCAUUGUACAACCGAGGAAUUCUAGGACCUUUAUCUGCGAAUGUUGAAUCUCUGUGCAUUUUGAAUGUCUCAAUAUUUCCUGCAUUUUGGUAGAAAAUGAAUAGCAAGUUAUUUUUUUCAACUACAUAAAUAUUUUAAACCAAACCAAGAAACUGUUUAAAAUUUCAUAAUCAAAAUGUGUUCAGCUAUCAGGAAUAUUAUAAUCUGUUUCCUUAGUAAACAUGAAUACUUCACAUACACACUUGGGCUUUCAGAUUACAGCGCAUUUUAAUUAAAGUAUUUAGACAAAUGUU